AUGGCCCCGAGACCACCGCUCGCUUGCUGGCAGCUCUGGGCCGUGCAGGCGCGGACGUGGAGGCGCACUUUGAGCGAUACGUGCGCCUGCGCUGCCAGCAGCACGACACCUUGCCCGCAGAAGCCUUGCUGCAUCUGGCGCACGGUGAUGCGCUUGCCUCUUCUUCGUACCCGUGAAACCGCAACGGUAUCUCGCUCUCGGGAGGCUGCUUCGGGCGAAGGCGUGGAGCGGGAAUUUUUCGAUUUGUUUGGACGUGUGGUGCUGCAACCAGGCCGGGCCCUGGUGCAGCACCGUCGAGCUGCUUUGCGCGACUUUGGCCACGGCAGCAACGACCCGGGUGCAGCUGAGCGGCUUUUAACUUGCUUAGGGGAGUGGGCAUUGGGCAGCGAAGGGCUCUCAUUGGUGGAGUCAUCUGCUGAAUCCGGAUUGCUCACGCCAGCCAUCUACCACCUAGAUCAAGAAAAGCCACAGCCCUGGGUUGUGCAGGCUGGUCGGGCCUAUCGCCUCGUGGGCAAAUAUCUCGCGCAGGCACUGCUGCAGAAACAGGCAACGCCACUCUGCUGGGCACCGCACGUGCUGCGCCUGGUCUUUGAUCUGCCCCUUCGCGUGGCCGACUAUGCGGCGUGGCAGCCCGAACACCAUCGCCAGUUGGUGCAGCUGCUAGCUGCUGCCGCACGCGGAGAGCCUGUGGAGGAGUGGGAUCUUACUUUUGACGUUGAUGUGCGUGCUGGUGGGAUGCACGCUUGGGGCACAGCUGUGACUCUAUCUUUGGACCACAGCGGUGUGGUGGAGCGAGCGGUCACGGCCCAUUCUGCCGUAGAGUUUGUACACGAGCUGAUGCUGGCUCGCAUGAACCUGGCUCGGCCCGCAGCGCUGGCCAUGCAAGCGGGUGUGCUUGAAGUGCUUCCGCGUGCCAAAUGGACGCUGUUGACGGACGAUGUGGUUGCGUCGGUGACUUGCCCAUCAACGGACAUUACGGCCGCAAUGUUGUGGCCCGCGCUUGAGGUUCGCGACGGCCGAGAUUUGGUGCGCUUCCCUGAUGAACGACCCUUUGCCGUUUUCGUGGAGUGGCUGCAAUCAGUUGUAUCGACAUGGUCGCGUACCAGUUGCGAGCAAUUUGUGCGCUUUGCCACGGGGCGGUCAAUCCUUGCCCCAGACGUGCUGCCCAUCAAGGUCGAGGUCAAGCCGGCCCGCGCAGCCUUGCCGGAGGCGCAGACCUGCUUCAGCAUUGUACGCAUCCCCUUUUAUGCCGACGCGGCCUCGCUGAGCGAGGCCUUGACUCUGGUGCUGGCGCACAGCCAGGGUUUUGGUCUUGAGUGA